AAGCCAAAUCAAGCAGUCGCACUCAAUCAAACGAGCGAUUCAUUUCAGUGUAUAUCCUCUUCCCCUGAAAGUCAGUGCUCUAAUACAUUGCAAAAGCUCUCUUAACCUACGACGAUCAAUCUUGGUCUAUAUCCUAGGUUAUUCGUGGUUCUUUGAAAAAAAAAGCUGCUCAACCAACGGCAGACGUGAAACUCGUGGAGUACUUUGCUGGAAUCCUGCAGGUUCACCGGAGCUUAGUUCGAAGGUGGUUCAAACAGCUGAUUCCCAGUAUGUCACGUAGCUGUAGGCAGGCAACUCACGCGGGUUCGUGGUAUUCGGAAAGAGGCAAUGAGCUACGAGCUCAACUGGAAGAUUGGCUUCAAGCGGUGGGACCCGUCACACAUAGCCCCGCACGGGCUGUAAUCGCUCCCCAUGCAGGAUACAGGUAUUCAGGUCCAACAGCAGCAUACGCUUACGCCCAGAUUGAUCCAGACCGCGUCCGCAAGAUCUUUAUUUUAGGGCCUUCGCAUCAUGUCUACUUAGACGGUUGUGCGCUUUCUCCUGCCACUACGUAUAGGACCCCAUUUAUGGACCUUCCAAUUGACAAAGGUGUCUAUGAUGAGCUGUAUAAAACAGGAUUAUUUGAGGAAAUGUCACUUGGAACUGAUGAAGACGAACACUCUAUUGAGAUGCAUCUUCCAUACGUCGCAAAGGUAAUGGAGCGCAAGACCAACGGUCCAUUCACCAUUGUGCCAAUUCUCGUUGGUGCCAUCACAACGGAAAAAGAAGCCAUAUAUGGUCGCGCGCUGGCGAAGUAUCUCGCACAGGACGACGUCUGUUUCGUUGUUAGCUCUGAUUUCUGCCACUGGGGCAGCAGGUUCCGCUACCAACAGUACGACAAGGCUGAUGGAGAUAUCUGGGAGAGCAUUGAAAAGCUAGAUCGAGACGGUAUGAGACUCAUCGAGGCACUAGACCCUACUGGCUUCGCAGCCUACCUCAAGAAAACAAGCAACACGAUCUGCGGAAGACAUCCAAUCGGUGUAUUACUUAAUUCCGUAGCCACACUGCAGCAGAGUGGUCAGGAGUUUUCUUGUAAAUUCCUUAGGUAUGCGCAAAGUAACCAUGUAAUGAGCCGACAAGAUAGUUCUGUGAGUUACGCUUCUGCUGCUGUAACACUUGGGUCCGGCUCCCAACAUUAGUUCCGAUUGGGAAUUAGAAUCUAAAAGCCUUCAAAAUUUUGUAGUUGCAUGGUGAUCAUCGGGUUGUAUUUGAGAAUCUGAGUGGUGUGUAUCAUGUCAAUAACCGGAAAGAUUUGAAAGUUGGGCUUCUUAUCAUGUGACCGCUCGAGUUAAGCCCAUUGAAGCUUCUUAGAUAAGAUCAGGCCUAUCGAAUUUUCUUUUGUAGACCAAGCGGCUGUUCUUCCGAAACUGUACGACUGAUGUGCAUGCCUGGCGUGUUGCCGUUUUCUUUUAAUGUAUGUUGUAUGUGACAAACGGAACUCGCUACCCCUGUACACAGAACAGCAAAUAAUACAAUACUAUUGCAAAGAACCGAUAUGUCGAAACUACUGCAAAGUGGUCACUGAUGGUCUCACUUCGGCCUGCAGUUGCUGUACUUGCCGUUUCAUUCUGUGAAGUAAUAACUGAGUUUGCUGUGUGGAGUUUUAUCUUGAAGCAGCCACAAGAGACACAUAUGACCAGCUUGUAUGCAAAAUACAAUUUUGGAGAUACAUUCGUAAAGAUUACUCCAGCUAGUUCAUAUCGGUGUUCAAGGUUGGACUAAUCUAGUAUUGUUUUGUCAGUGCUAAAGUGUGUUUUAUAGCUAGGCUGUGUCGUAAAGGAAACGGAGGGUUUCCAGCUAUGCCUGUUUCAAUGUGCGUAUCUAUUUUACGUUAUCCGAAAGUAAAACGAGAUAAAGGAGGCGCCACCUAGAGCUGCUAUAGAAUAGCCUUUUUUUUUUUUGUAUGAGCUUAAUGCAUUUUUUUGCUACUGGAAUAGCGGAUCUCUGCGACUUGUCUGACAAAUGUACUUUCUUGAUUUGGAUAAGGACUUGACUAAAAUAUUGUAAAGGAGUAUAUCGCAUAUGCAGACUAAAUUGAAGUGAUGUUCUUGGUUAACUGUUAUGUUCUUUAGGGAAACGAGGUGCAAGAUGUGCACUGUCUCAAAUAAGUUUCAGAAGUGUACAUAACGUUACGUGUUUGUAAAGGCUAAGGAGCCAGGCAACAAGACUCUUAUUAAGAUAUCCAGAUAUGAUUUGCACCCUGUUUUAUGAUAUUGCAUAUAUUGCAGCAUAUUACAAUAAACUCAAUUGAAUCAUAAUAUGAAUGCUGCGCUAGCUUUACAGAAAAUUAUUUUUAUAAGAAAAUAGAUUACUUUUCGGAUUUGCUAAGCUCAGUUAAAUAUAUGAUUGUGUAGUCUUUAGGACCUGCUGGUUUAGAACUAUUUUGGAUUGUGUGAUUAUGAUUUCGUUCCAAUUUUUCGUGUUUCGUGUUGUCAUUGGUUGUAGUUUACCUGCAACUGCAGCACAAGCAACUCAUAUUUUUAAGCUUCAGAGGAUAUAGCUAAUAGCAACAAUUAACAUAAACUAACAUAGUAAUAAGUGAAUGAGCAAUCACUUAUGUUAGCAUCAUUAUUGCAGUGAUUAUGCGUGUAUAGUUAUUUAUUAAAUAAAACUAUUCGUGGAAGUCCACUAUAGCGGAAAUCAUUGCCUAAAUAUUAUUUAGGCAUAUGAUUAUCGUUCAAUAAAGAAUGUGUUUAUCGCAUCAGUUGUGCUUUCACGUUUCAGAAUUCAAUGGUGAUAUCAAUUGUACACGAACUAGCUAUGAGACACUUGCCACGUUACUUUGUUUUACGUAAUAUUAAAUAAAUAUCGGCUUUUGAAAAGUGAUUAUGAAGGAAAUACCAUAG